AUGCAGAUAUGUCGUGCCGAAGAUGGACAGAUUUAUCAAGUUAAUACGACUCUUUAUGAUAUCGCAAAGUUAGUUUCCAUUUCUUCCCCCGUCUACAUUGUGGGCUGCACGAUGAGUUAUCCAUCGUCUCUCCGACCAUAUCUCUCGUCGUUGACAAGCAUAGACCCUGCUGCGAUGAUCAUGUUCUUAUCAGAUGGUCAGCAAUUGAGAGAAGAUAACCUGAGGGAACUCAGUGGAGUGCAAGACCAGACAAUAUUUGUCUUCAACAGAGAUUAUCUCGACCUGGAGACAGAAGAGGUUAUGGAAUUACUGAGUGUCAAGGAGGGAGAAGGACUUAUUCCCAGCGGCUCAAUCGAAGUUGAUUCCGUCUCCUCUCUACACGCUUCUCAAAUACUUGAAGAUCAAGUCCAGUGGCAG